ACUGACGACACAAGGCACUGACCGCGACAGGCCAAAAGAUUCAAGCUUCAUCUGUGUAACAGUUAUCAAGCAGUGAACGUCACCCGCAGACCCGUGGCCUCGUGACAACAUGGAUAAUUCACCGACUGCGUUAUUUGACUCUUAUGAACAUGACUUUCAACAGAUUGUUGAUAGUAUAGGAUCAAAGUUGAAUGUCGAUGGCAAAGAGGAAAGCUCAGAGCAAAGGAAGGCGGCGUUGAGGAGGGUUGAGAUGGAGUUGGAUGAGGCUGACGAAAUGGUGUCUCAAAUGGAGAUUGAAAUCCAAGGAAUACCGCAGUCCAUCAAAAUACAGUAUCAGAACAGGCUCCGAACUGCCAAAGCUGACUUGUCCCGGUACAAGAAGCUUUCGAAAGAUGCCUACUCGCAGCUGUCUCGCUCUGAUCUCCUCAUGUCAUCAGCGAGGGCCGGUAUACCCACUUCUGACGAACCUUAUGGUCCUACCUCUGAUAGAACACGGCUGCUGACGGGAACCGCUGUCCUAGAAGAUGGAACAAGGCGUCUCCAGGAUUCGCAGCGUAUUGCUUUGGAGACCGAAGAUCAGGGUGCUGAAAUUCUAUUCAACCUUCGAACACAGAGAGAACAAAUCGAGAACGCGAGAGAUACUCUUCGCACGGCUGACACUGCAAUCGACCGAGCGUCGGGUACGCUCAAAAAGAUGAUUAGACGGAUGUACCAACAAAGGGUUGUGACAGUGGCUAUCAUCGUUGUUCUCGUUCUCCUUGUCGCUAUUAUCAUUUGGGAGAAAGUAUUCCAUUGAUUAGAGCUUUUCUUCUUACGAUUUGGACUUAAUUUAAUUUUUGUCUUUUGCGCUCGAACAGUCUGCCGUAUGCUGCUGCGUAUGGGAUUAUCUAUAUAUUUAUCCAACGGUUUGAGCCUCCCGCAGAAUACUCAGAUUCAAGUAUGUUGACUGUUGCAGACCAUCUUUACCUAUUUUUUGCAUGGCCUUGGAUUCACAGAUACCAGUAAUAAUCACGCGACCACACAUUUGUUAGGUGCAAUUACAGUCACUACUUGUAACAUUUUGCAAUAAGCCACAUAACGGAAGCUAGAAAUUUCAUCCAUGAUUAUGUUUGGGGCUGACCUACUGCUUAGAGCGUUAGCACAGAAUGUACUCGUACCGGUUGAUGAAGGGAUGUAGCAUCUUGUGGGAACAGAUGAUUUAGCAUUUGGUUUGUCCUAAAUACACCUUCGCAGUCGCAAGAAUAAACUGCCUUUUCC